AUGGCUUGUUCCAAUGGAUUACGACAUCAAGAAACCGUAGAUUCAACUACAGUUCUCUUAAAGGUCAACAUUACAUUAGAAGAGUCAAGAGGCGAUGUUAAAGUUCCAUUGUCACCUUCGGUAGAUAUUUCAUAUGACAGGCUUUUACCAUAUUUCUCUGACUAUGAUAAUCUUGGCGAACAUACAGCUACAGAACAACAACAACAACAAACAACGUGCACCGAUGACGAUCAAAGUCAACAAACUUACUGUAUAAAUCUCGCUACUGUUCCUGACGAUAGGGCAAACAAGUUUCAACUAAAAGAAGCUCAAUAUAUUAACAGAAAAUUGAUGAAUUUCGUUGAAGAGUUAUUGAAAGCUAUCAACAUUAAACAUCAAGUUGUCGAUAAAGACAGUAUUUCGUGCACUGCUGAAUGGAAUAUCGAACCAUACGGAUCUUUUCUUAUCACAUGUACACGUACAAUGGUUUGCAGAUUACGUGCAUUGUUGGGUAUGACGUUUCACCAAGAUCCGGUUAGUGUUUGUUCAUCAUAUACUGUUGGCAAUGAUCCAGUGUACAGCUGUUUCCUUGUUACGACAUGUGAUGGCUCACGAAUUAGUAAUGAUGAUGCUCUUAAAAUAAUGAAAUUAAUCUGCACAGAUUUUCCACAACUAUCUUGA